AUGACAAAGCAAGACAACGAGUACGGCAAUUAUGAUGUUAUCACAGGCAACUUCAGCAACAUGAGAAGGCAUGCAGAGUGCAAGCAACACCGACAGGCUUUAGCGUCAUUGGGGCUCAUUGAUGUUGGUGCAGAAGAGGAUGCGCCCAGUUUGUCUGCCUUUGAACAGGUCGCCAGGGGCAGAAUGAAGGGCCCCUCAGCACUGAGACAUGGGGAAGCUGGUGUUGGCGGGCGGAAGAAGGUCACUCACAUGGUGCAAUGUUUGGGUGACGCAGUCUUUGAUUUGGACCGACGUUUUGUAGCCACUGCCGAGACCAUCGCAUUGCAUACAGACGUCAGGCAACUCAAGCUCCUGGUGCGCUUUCGCGCUGCAAACAUGAAGCUUGAAUGGAGAAAAGGUAUUCUGGGCAUCGCGGACUUGGAGAGAACCACAUCUACUGCGCUUGCAGCCGCAUUGCAAAAGAUGCUCAAGGACUUCUGCCAGCAGGAUGAGGAGCUCUACAAUAGCGUUUUGAAGCAUAUUGAAGUCCUUGAUGCAGACGGUGCCAGUGAUGAACAGACCAGCGCCCGAGAAAUCCGGGCAAUGUUGUUGAAAGAUGUCAAAAUGAUCCUCAAGGACAAAGCUCAUGCAUCGCGCAGAGUCCUCUCCAGACCAUGGAAUGUCAUGCCGGAACUUUCUGAAGCAUGGUCGAUGUUUGUGGGAGACAGUUCCAGUGUUGUCCGGAUGAUCCAGAAGUCUGGAGUCCUGUCUGUGAAAUUUCAUGAGCAUUGCCAAGCCAUCGAAUCAGUCCCAGUGUCUGCCAAGAGGAUUCGCAACCUGGCGUUCAAGAAACAGCGCUUCGACUCGGUCUCAAAGCCUUUGGGACGUGGAAUACUGUUCCUCGAAGCAGUGCUCCAGACAGCUAUAUGGGCAACCAUUCAUCGACGAAGCGAAGAAGACGGAAAAAAUGCAAGUGCAUUCCUAACCUGGAUUGACGAAAAGAGGAUUAUUCUGCUUGGCAUGUGCGCAGAUUGCGCAGAUGCUGCCAUGGGCCUUGUCCGGAGCUUUGACAGUGAAAACCAUGAUCCGGCAGCAUUGCAUUUUCAGGCCGAACGGUUCCUGAGUGAAUUGCAUUACCUCUUCAACCAAGAGGCAGCCCUCCGCGCAGAAGGAUACACCCAACACGUCUUACUGCAAUUGAAGCAGACUCGAGGAUUUCUCUUAAAGGGAGAAGCAAAAAGCAUUGGAGGGCCGGGAAAGGUCAAUGAUGCAAUGCUGCGAGAAUGUCUUGCAAGCAUGAGGUCAUAUGUGUCACUGGCAGUGGAGGUGGUGAACUCGGAGUUUCCAUGCUAUGAGCUACUGGGCGCAUUCAAGCUGUUUGAUGUCCAACAAAGGGCGCAGGGACUUGCUUUGGAGUUGGAUGCCGACACUGUGAAAGAGCAUGGCACUAGGCUUUGCCAGGUGUUUGGCUUGAACAUUGAUUCAUUUCUCACACAGUACUGGGACCAUUUGCCCAUUGCCAUCAAUGAAGCCAGAGCCCACAAACUGGAGAAUCAUGCUGCAUGGUCCUCAGCCAUCCGGAAGACAUCCUCUCGAUCCAGUAUCUCACAGCAUCAUCCGAGUGACACACUUCGAUUGGUGACAAUGAGAUAUUUGCGCUUCCACGGUUGCUCAACCAGUGGUGUGGAGCAGAAUUUUAGCAAGCUACAGAAUCAAAUUACUCCUGCCAGAGAUCACAUGGAUCCUGCCACAUACCUGGCAGAAGCAAAGCUGGUCAUUGACUGCUCUGAGAGUGAUUUGAAAGAGGUUUGCAAAGCCGCGCAAGACUCUUGGCGCAAAUGGUUUGGAGCCCCCAGAGAGUCUUGCUGGAACCGCUUGGAUUCGGGGGUUCCAAGGAAGAGGCAAGCUGACAGUGAGGCCACAUGGUUUAGCAAACGACGGCAGCAUGUUGCUGAGAAUGCGGCCAUGGUCUCACGUGAAGCUGUCAAAGCUGCGAGUGCUUCUCAUGAACAAGUUGAUCGGACGGAAGAGGAGAAGGAAAACAUUGACAAAGAGCUUGCCUUUCAACGAUCCAAGCAGAUGAAGAACCAGAUGGAAGCAUACUUGGACCGGGUGCUUUUGGAAAGGGAAGUGCCUCCAGGAUUGCGUGAUCAGGUGGACUUUGCAUGCCACAAGUUCUAUUUGGAGGACACACAUUGGCGACAUUCGCCGGGUUUUCCUCAGACAUUGACUUUGGUGCCUGACCCUUGGCGUGCUGAUGUUUGCGUGGUCGCAGACCCAGCAAAUCCUCCGCCAAAUGUAUUGUGGCACACAGCAUUGAAAGGUGGGCAUGUAGUCACUUUGAGCUACUGCAUACAGCGCAGCUGCCAGGGGCUCGCCUACACGUACGGGGCCGCCAUCCUGACAAAGAGGAGCAUUUUCGUGGAUGAUCGGAUGGCAGCAGAGAGCCCUGAGGAGGCAGAGGCAGUGCGGAGAAUGUCACGCCUGCCACAGUCAAAGUGGAGGCUGCUUUCAAGUUGGGAAGAGUUUGCCUCAGCCACUGACAAAGUUGCUGGCGUGCAUCUACCGGUGAAGCAGAGGCGGGAGAUGGAAGUGCUGGCAUUGACGGUUGAAACGGUAGUGCAUCAUUUGAACCGCAGAAAUGUGGUUACCAAAGAGCAGUUCUUAAAGGGAACUGUCCGGCUCUCUUGUACCCAAAGGGGAAUAUGUGGCAAGUGA